CGACAUUCGACUGUUUGCAAUAUUAUGAUUUAUAUCUAAAGUUAGAUAGAAGUUGCGCAUUUAUUCUAAAAAAGAGUGGCAAUGGAUAUUAUCUUUGCUCGAAAAAACGAAAUGUGUACCAAAGUGCCUUUGAUACAAGUUCCGAUUGCCCUGCGUACUUGGCAGACAUUAGUUGUGAUUCUAAUUUACUGCUUAGCAUGCAGUGAUCGUUCUACCACAACUGCGACAACAACAACCACAGGGCCCACACCUUCGACCAAUACUGAUUCAACAACUACACAAAGUAACGACGCAACAACCACAACAGAUUCUACUGGUUCAAAAACUACACAAAGUAACGAUGCAACUACCACAACAGAUUCUACUGGUUCAACAACUACACAAAGUAACGAUGCAACUACCACAACAGAUUCUACUGGUUCAACAACUACACAAAGUAACGACGCAACUACCACUGCUAAUUCUACUGGUUCAAAAACUACGCAAAGUAACGAUGCAACUACUACAACAGAUUCUACUGGUUCAACAACUAUGCAAAGUAACAACGCAACUACUACAACAGAUUCUACUGGUUCAACUACCACUGCUAGUUCUACUGGUUCAACAACUACGCAAAGUAACGACGCAACUACCACUGCUAAUUCUACUGGUUCAACAACUACGCAAAGUAACGACGCAACUACCACUGCUAGUUCUACUGGUUCAUCAACUACGCAAAGUAACGACGCAACUACCACUGCUAGUUCUACUGGUUCAUCAACUACGCAAAGUAACGACGCAACUACCACUGCUAGUUCUACUGGUUCAACAACUACGCAAAGUAACGACGCAACUACCACUGCUAAUUCUACUGGUUCAUCAACUACGCAAAGUAACGACGCAACUACUACAACAGAUUCUACUGGUUCAACAACUAUGCAAAGUAACAACGCAACUACUACAACAGAUUCUACUGGUUCAACUACCACUGCUAGUUCUACUGGUUCAACAACUACGCAAAGUAACGACGCAACUACCACAACAGAUUCUACUGGUUCAACAACUACGCAAAGUAACGACGCAACUACCACUGCUAAUUCUACUGGUUCAACAACUACGCAAAGUAACGACGCAACUACCACUGCUAAUUCUACUGGUUCAACAACUACGCAAAGUAACGACGCAACUACCACUGCUAAUUCUACUGGUUCAACAACUACGCAAAGCAACGAUGCAACUACAACUGCUAGUUCUACUGGUUCAACAACUACGCAAAGUAACGAUGCAACUACCACUGCUAGUUCUACUGGUUCAACAACUACACAAAGUAACGACACAACAACCACAACAGAUUCUACUGGUUCAACAACUACGCAAAGUAACGACGCAACUACCACUGCUAAUUCUACUGGUUCAUCAACUACGCAAAGUAACGACGCAACUACCACUGCUAAUUCUACUGGUUCAACAACUACGCAAAGUAACGACGCAACUACCACUGCUAAUUCUACUGGUUCAACAACUACACAAAGUAACGACACAACUACCACAACAGAUUCUACUGGUUCAACAACUACGCAAAGUAACGACGCAACUACCACUGCUAAUUCUACUGGUUCAACAACUACACAAAGUAACGAUGCAACUACCACAACAGAUUCUACUGGUUCAACAACUACGCAAAGUAACGACGCAACUACCACUGCUAAUUCUACUGGUUCAACAACUACGCAAAGUCACGACGCAACUACCACUGCUAAUUCUACUGGUUCAACAACUACGCAAAGUAACGAUGCAACUACCACUGAUAAUUCUGAUUCAUCAAUUACACAAAGCAAUGAUGCAGUUAUUGGUGGACCGUGUAUUUACACACUUCAAUGUUCUGGCCUCGUUCAAAAUUCAAAUUGCAUAAUUGGUAUAUGCAGUUGUGAAGAAGGCUAUUCUGAGUCUGCUGGGUAUUGCAACGGGGCACAGAUACAACAGUCUGUUUGGUUAAGAGCUUUUACGAAUGUGUUGCUGGUUGCUAUAGUUAUUUGGCAAUCCUCACAAUGCUAG